AUGAUUACGAAAUUUUUUAAGGCUAUUCCAACUCCUCAAACUUCUGGUUCUGGUUAUAGUCCUCCUACGCUGAGUUCUUUUCCAAGUCCAACUAUUCAUGACAAUAUCAAUCAUUCGGCAAGAUUAAACAAAGAGAAAAUGUUGAAUUUGAAUCUUGAACUCGAUCCUGCAGAAAGAAAGCAAAUUUCAGAGUAUCCUCCGAAUUUACGUGAUCAAGUGAGGAGACAUUAUAUUCAACAAGCGCCUUGUCAACCUUGUAAUUGUAGAUUUCCAAAAAGAUAUUUUGGUGGAUUUAUGCGUCAAUUUAAUCUUGAAUGGUUUAACACUUCAUACUCUGGAUGGUUAGAAUAUAGUGUUAAAGUUGAUGCAGCAUUUUGCUUAUGUUGUUACUUGUUUAAAAAUGAGCAUAGAGGACAUGGAAAAGUUGAGGAUUCUUUCACAAAGAGUGAUAGGGAUGAUGAAGUGAAAAAGGUUGUACUACAAAGUGCUCCACAAAAUAACAUGAUGAUUGCUCCAAAUAUCCAAAAAAAGAUUGUGAAUGCUUGUGCGAAAGAAAUAAUGAAAGCAAUAGUUGAAGAUUUGAAUGGAGAUUAUUUUGGAAUUUUGGUUGAUGAAUCUAAGGACGUCUCUCAUAAGGAACAAAUGGCUCUUGUUCUGCGGUAUGUCAACAAAGAGGGCAAACUUAUUGAGCGAUUCCUUAGUAUUGUUCAUGUUAAAAAAAUAACUUCAUCGUCAUUACAAAAAGCAAUCUAUGAUUUGCUUUUAGAGCACUCAUUGAGUCCAUCUCAAAUACGGGGACAAGGUUAUGAUGGAGCUAGUAACAUGCAAGGAGAAAUCAAUGGUCUUAAAACUUUAAUUCUGAAAGAUAAUCCUUCGGCAUAUUGUAUACAUUACUUUGCCCAUCAAUUGCAAUUGACUCUUGUAGUCGUUGCAAAAAAACAUUGUGAUGUAGAUCAAUUUUUUGAUAUUGUUGCUAAUGUCUUGAAUAUUGUUGGAAGUUCUUUUAAGCGUAGGGAUAUGCUUCGAGAGGAUCAGGCAAAAAAAUUAGAGGAGCUACAAGUUCUUGGUGAAGUUCAUACAAGAAGUGGACUAAAUCAAGAACUUGGACUCCAAAGACCAGGUGAUACUCGAUGGGGUUCUCAUUUUAAGACAGUGCGUAACUUUAUUACAUUAUUCUCGUCUAUCAUUAAUGUACUUGAGUUUCUUGCAAGUGAGGGUGCAAAUUAUCUAGAGAGAUCAGUAGCAAAAAGUUUAGUGAAUGACAUAAGAUCUUUUGAGUUUGUGCAUAUGAUGCACUUGAUGUUAAAAUUAUUGGCAAUUACAAAUGAUUUGAAUAUGGCUUUGCAAAGAAAAGACCAGGAUAUUGUAAAUGCUAUGAAGCUUGUUGGUUUCGCCAAGAGGUAA